AGAGGUGGCUAUAUAAAGACCCCAACGGAACCAUGAGAUCAAGCUGCGGCGCAACAGAAUGUUUCUGCUAAGAACCUUUGCACUGUUCUAUCUCGUCUGGUACGCCAGAGCAGGUGAGAUUGAUUGCGAUAAAACGGAUGCCGUGAAUGAGGAUCAUGUGCACUACUGCUGCAAGCAUCCCGAUGGCCACAGCGACAUCAUUGAUAGCUGCUCCAAGGAGACGGGCUUCAAGAUGCCAAGUGCCAAGGAGCAAUCCCUGGUGGAUCUGACGGCCACACGUGCCAUCUCGGGCACCUGUUUUGCCAAGUGCGUCUUCGAGAAAAUGAACGUCAUGAAGGACGACAAUUUGGACAUGGACUCUGUUAAGAAGUAUCUCAAUGAGAAGUUCAGCCAGGAUCCGGAAUAUGUCAAAGAAAUGAUCAACGCCUUCGAUCACUGUCAUGGCAAAUCUGAGGAGAAUGUCGCCAAGUUCAUGUCGAAUCAUGUCUUUGUCCACAUGUCCCAGCACUACUGUGCACCCAAAUCCAGCGUCAUUAUGGCCUGUGUCAUACGUCAGUUCUUUCACAAUUGUCCCAAGGAUCGUUGGGCCAAAACAAAGGAGUGCGAAAAUCUAUUGGCUUUCAGUCAAAAUUGUCGCGAUUCUUUGGCUACUUUGUAAAUGGAAUUUUGGAUUCACAAAUAAAUGAUUUAAUACAAAAUACUA